AAAUUGGUUAUAAUCAUCCGGCCGUUUUUAAGCAUUCACAAUGGUUUAAAGCAUCACCAUCCAGAUUUUUAUACAGUUUAGGUUCAAGAGUGUAUUUAAGUAAUAUUAUUCGGCUUCCGAAAAUACAAUAUGAUUUUCUAUUGAAUGAAACGGCUGAAGAAGAACAAUUAAGGGAAUCCCGCCGUGAUUCUGUAAAAAACGGAUUUCUCCAUGCUUGGAAUGGAUAUACGAGGUAUGCAUGGGGAUACGAUGAAUUGUUGCCGUUAACAAAUGUGGGUAGGAAUAAUUUUAACGGGUGGGGAGCAACUAUAAUUGAUGCAUUAGACACAAUGUGGAUUAUGGAUUUAAAGGAGGAAUUUAAUCGCUCAAGGGAUUUUGUUCGCACUGUGGACUUUACAAGAAGUGAUGAUGACAUUAACGUGUUUGAAACCACAAUUCGUUAUCUUGGCGGGUUAUUAAGUGCGUAUGAAUUGUCAAAUGAUCUCGUAUUUCUGGAAAAAGCACAAGAAUUAGGCAAUGCUUUGUUACCUUCCUUUGAUAGUCCCACUGGAUUGCCGUAUAACUCGUGGAAUCUCACAUGGGGCAUAAAUAAAAAAAGUCAUGAGCUUUCUGGGCCUCCCUGUCUAUCAAUAAGACAUUGUGGUAGUAGGACGGGAAUAUUAGCUCAAGUUGGAACCAUGCAGCUUGAAUUUAUGAAGCUAUCGCAACUGACUGGCGAUAGCCAGUUCUUUUUUAAAGUUCAAGAUGUGAUUGAAAUUCUUGAUCGUGCAGAAAAGUAUAUUCCUGGACUCUAUCCCUUAGAGAUCGAUCAAGAUUCUGCCGAGUUUAUAGGAUCUCAUGUGUCUUUCGGCUCUUUGGGAGACAGUUUUUAUGAGGCAUGCUACUUACUUAAGGUAUAUGUUUUUGUCGGAGGUGCGCUUGAUAAAUACCGAAGAAUGUAUAUUGAAUCCAUCGAGAGCAUGCGUAAAUAUCUUAUUAAAGAAGGCAGAGUUAGAAAUCGUUCCGAAUUGCUGUUUCUCGGUGAUUUAUUAUAUCAUGAUGAUUUUUCGGGAAAAAUGGGUCACCUGACGUGCUUCGUUCCUGGCAUGCUCGCGGUUGGAGCAAAGAUUCUUGAUCGACCAGAGGACCUUGAAAUUGCCAUAAGAUUAGCAGAAACUUGCUACUGGUCUUAUAAUGUAACAUUAACUGGACUUGGUCCAGAGGAAUUUUGGUUUCUUACAUCCACUGACGAAUUAACUCAAAAUGAAAUUGAUUGGUUAGAAAAACAAGAAAAAUUGAAUAAUCUUCCGAAUGGGUUGACUCGAAUUUCGCCUACUUAUUUGCUGAGGCCAGAAACUAUUGAGAGUUUAUUCAUUCUGUAUAGGAUCACAGGAGACAAACAAUAUCAAGAAAAAGGAUGGAUGAUAUGGCAGGCCAUAGAGAAAUGGUGUAAAACGCCAACAGCAUAUUCAGGACUGAAGGACGUCAACACUGAACAAGUUGAAAUGAAUAAUAUUAUGGAAAGUUAA